AUGAAUACGUCUAUUGAAAUAAAGCAUCAAUUUUCUAAAACCAAAAUAUGCAAACAUUUUUUAGAAAACAAAUGUACCAACAAAAAAAACUGCAACUAUGCCCAUGUGUUAGAAGAAUUAAAACCAUUACCAAAUUUAAAAAACACUAAGUUAUGUAGCAGUUUAAAAAAAAAUAUACCUUGCAAUAAUCAUCUUUGUGGAUAUGCCCAUGGAAUUGAAAACUUACAACCAAGUACCAAUUUGUCUACAUACAAAACUAAUUUAUGUUAUUUUUGGAAAAAAAAAAAAUGUAUGAAUCAGUGGAAAUGCAGAUUUGCUCAUGGAAUCGAAGAAAUAAGGCCUCUCAAAACAGAAUCACAAAUAAACCUCCACACUAAAUAUGACCGGAAUUACCAAAUUAACAAAAAAAAUGAAAACAAAGCACCAAAAAAAACAGAGAAAAAAGAAGAAAAUAUAAUCACAAAGGAUACGAACAAAAUAGUUGAGAAAUUUUUGAAUGGAAAUCAGAAGAGAGCAGAAUUUUAUUAUGCUAACGAAAAUAUAAAUUGGAAUUUUAAUUUGAAAAAACAAAAUUCAAAAUAUAAGCAUGAAAACGGUAAGAAUAAAAGAGGAAUAAAAAUUAGAAAGGAUGAUAGUUCUAUGAUGUACAAUUUUAAACUAUUAGAAAAUUUAUCAACUAUAGACACCGAUUUUUCCUAUUUUGAUGAAUCUUUUACGUAUAUAAAUGAUAAAGAUAACAUAAAUGAUGGCAAUGUUGUAAAUUCAUAUUUUGAUAUAUUUCCUACCAUGUACAUGAAUGAUUAUCCAACAUCUGGUUACAAACAAGUUUGUGGAAGUACGAAUUGUAGCAGCAAAGAAGAUAAUUAUAACUACAUUCAAAUGUUUGAAGGGGAAGAAAAUUUAUCUUAUGACAUUAAUUCAUUUAAUUUAGAUUUUCUUACACAAGAAAAUGAUUGUAGUACAAUUUUUGAUAAAAAAAUAUGUACAGAUAUGAAUAACAACACUCAAAAAAAUUUGAAAACAAAUCAAAAUGAUCAAGAAGAAACAAUUUCGAAUCGAAGUAAAAAACAUUCAGAAACAAAUUCUGAAUAUAUAAACGAUAUUUAUAAAAGCAUAAAUGAACAACUCUCCAAAAAAAGAGAAAAUGUAUAUAUAUACUAA